GGCCGCGCCAUGGCCCGAAAGGCCGUUGGGAGACUGCUGGAGGAAACCCUGUCGCUGUGGAAACGGGAGCAAGCCCAGUUGAAGACUCGUGUCGUGCACCGGGACACGGAGGCGUGGCAACGGGACCCUGCCUUCUCGGGCCUGCAGAGGGUCGGGGGCAUGGACGUGUCCUUUGUGAAGGGCGACAGCGUCAGCGCCUGUGCCUCCCUGGUGGUGCUCAGCUACCCUGAGCUCGAGGUGGUGUAUGAGGACUGUUGCAUGGUGAGCCUGACAGCCCCCUACGUGUCGGGCUUCCUGGCCUUCCGAGAGAUGCCCUUCUUGGUGGAGGCGGUGCAGCGGCUGCGGGAGAAGGAGCCCCACCUCAUGCCCCAGGUCCUUUUUGUGGAUGGAAAUGGGGUGCUCCACUACUGA